CCGAUGGCAUCGGAGGGCCUGGCGGGGGCGCUGGCAGCGGUGUUGGGGGGCCAGGGGCUGAAUGUGCACAGCUGCGACUCGGUGCCGGCCGGGGAGCCCCGGGCGCCCGUGCGGCUGCGGAAGAACGUCUGCUACGUGGUGCUGGCCGUGUUCCUCAACGAGCAGGAUGAGGUGCUACUGAUCCAGGAGGCCAAGAAAGAGUGCCGUGGGUCUUGGUACCUACCCGCGGGGAGAAUGGAGCCUGGGGAGACCAUCGUGGAGGCACUGCAGCGGGAGGUGAAGGAGGAGGCCGGGCUGCACUGUGAGCCUCUGACAUUGCUGUCUGUGGAGGAGCGGGGCCCCUCCUGGAUCCGCUUUGUGUUCCUCGCUCGAGCCACAGGUGGAAAUCUCAAGACUUCCAAGGAGGCGGAUGCGGAGUCCCUGCAGGCUGGCUGGUACCCACGAACCUCCCUGCCCACUCCGCUGCGAGCCCGGGACAUUCUGCACCUGGUAGAGCUAGCCGCCCAGUACCGCCAGCAAGCCAGGCACCCUCUUAUUCUGCCCCAGGAGCUUCCCUGUAGUCUGGUCUGCCAGCGACUCGUGGCCACCUUUACCAAUGUCCAGACAGUGUGGGUGUUGGUGGGCACAGUGGGGAUGCCUCACUUGCCCAUCACUGCCUGCGGCUUCACUCCCAUGGAGCAAAGGGGUGGCAUCAAGAUGGCCAUCCUGCGGCUGCUACAGGAGUGUCUGACCCUGCACCACUUGGCAGUGGAGACCAAGGGGUUGCUUGGACUGCAGCAUCUGGGCAAAGACCAUGCAGAUGGCGUCUGCUUGAAUGUGCUGGUGACUGUGGCUUUUCGGAACCCAGGUACGCAGAGUGAGCCCCCAAAGGUUCGGGGUGAGAACUUUUUUUGGUGGAAGGUGAUGGAGGAAGAUCUACAAAGCCAGCUCUUACAGAGACUUCAGGAAUCAUCUGUUGUCCCAGUCAACAGAUAGGAAGGUGCCAUCGUUGUGCAAGGAGCCAGGCUCCUGGGCCCUCUCCUCCCCCACCGCGGCUCUGCCUUCCUCUGAGGGAGGCAGGAGGUUGGCAGUCAGGGGUCUUGUUGCAUUAGGAGGUGAUUCUCCUAGUUCUCAGGGUAAUUUCCUUCUCUGUGGAACAGGUCCCUGCAUUGCACCAGGACAGUGCCUUUAACCAAACAAGGAGUUCAGAGCUGAAGGAUCUAAUUGCCCUGUGGGCACAAUGAAGGCACUACUCCCUACGGGGAUGUGAGAACUUUCUGAACCUGAGAGGGCAUCUACUCGUCAUUUUCCAUGCUUGCCUCAGUAAAGGCCUACAUCCAGAUUCUCAGG